GUCACGUGGCAGCAGCCUCAGUCCCCCCCUUCCUGCCAACGUUGCAUUUGGCCCAGGCCCCGUCCAUGGCCGCCCUUGGGACCCUGCGCUGAGCCCCGGAGGCCCCGGCAUCCGGGGCCAAGCUGCUCCCAAGGGCCGAACGUGUGUCAGGAUCCCAAGGAUCGCCGUGGUGGGGGGCGCGGGCGCCGGCCACGCGGACAUGAGGCGGAGGCUGCGCCUACGUGGAGAAGCAUCUAUCACGCUGCUCCUCGGCGCCGCCCUCGGCCUCCUGCUUUAUGCGCAGCGCGAUGGCUCGGCCCAGACAACGAGUGCGCCGCGAGCUGAAGGAGUGGCGGCGCCAGGGCCCACCCCGGGGGUCCGAGUGUUUGAGGCGCCGGACACGGGCGCGGCCCCGCCGGUCUAUGAAGGGGACACGCCGGAGCCGCCCACGCCCACACCCACGGGACCCUUUGACUUUGGCCGCUAUCUACGUGCCAAGGACCAGCGGCGCUUCCCUCUGCUCAUUAACCAGCCACACAAGUGCCGAGGAAAUGGCGUACCUGCUGACGGACCUGACCUGCUCAUCGCCGUCAAGUCAGUGGCGGCGGACUUCGAGCGGCGCCAAGCCGUGCGCCAGACAUGGGGUGCUGAGGGUCGUGUGCAGGGGGCGCUCGUGCGCCGGGUGUUCUUGCUGGGCGUGCCCAGGGCCGCAGGCGCGGACGGGGCAGACGCAGCAGACGCGGAGGGGGCGGGCACUCGAACGCACUGGAGCGCUAUGUUGCGUGCCGAGAGCCGCGCAUACGCAGACAUCCUGCUCUGGGCCUUCGACGACACUUUCUUCAACCUAACGCUCAAGGAGAUCCACUUUCUGGCCUGGGCCUCCGCCUACUGCCCCGACGUGCGCUUCGUUUUUAAGGGCGACUCCGACGUGUUUGUGCACGUGGGAAAUCUGCUGGAGUUCCUGGCGCCGCGGGACCCGGCGCAGGAUCUGCUUGCAGGUGAUGUGAUCGUGCAGGCGCGGCCAAUCCGCCGGCGGACCAGCAAGUACUACAUCCCUGAGGCUGUAUACGGCCUGCAGGCGUAUCCGGCCUACGCAGGCGGCGGUGGCUUCGUGCUCUCUGGAGCCACGCUGCACCGCUUGGCCGGCGCCUGCGCGCAGGUUGAGCUCUUCCCCAUCGACGAUGUCUUUCUGGGAAUGUGUCUGCAGCGACUGCGUCUCACGCCUGAGCCUCACCCUGCUUUCCGAACCUUUGGUAUCCCUCGACCUUCAGCCGCCCCGCACCUACGCACCUUCGAUCCCUGCUUUUACCGCGAGCUGGUUGUAGUGCACGGGCUUUCGGCUGCUGACAUCUGGCUUAUGUGGCACUUGCUGCAUGGGCCGCAUGGGCCAGCCUGUGCGCGUCCAUGGCCUGUUGCUGCUGGCCCCUUCCAGUGGGGCCCCUAGCACCUAUCAUAUAGCUCCUCACUCCGCUCAUUCAGACCCAGUACAAAGUGGGAGGUAGUUUGAAGGGUAGGUUUCCCAGGCCGUUUAGUGGUCUAUGCGGUUCUUCCCUAGAAAGGGCAUCCAGGCGUCUGCCUCCACGAUGUGCCAGGGAAUGCAUUUGGUUCCUGCUGGCCCACCUUGCUGGAAGGUGACCUGGAACCAAUCUAAUGGUGGCUUUUGGAGAUAGCCAGGGCUGAGACGGCGGAACACCAGGCUCUUUGCCAAGCAGGUGAACAUGUUUGGUCCUCCUACUAGGGAUGUGUGUAUUGGGGGUGGGGUGGUGGUGGCAGAGGCUCAUGGAAUGGGACCAGACUCCUUAGUUUGGAACUGCUAGGGUAAUGCUGACAAAUGUAGGUCUCCCUCAAGGCUGGACCCCACAUGGAGGGGUAGGAGUCUGGCUUCAGUCUUCAUGGAACUGGCAAGCAUUCUGCCAUAGCUCAAUCUGAAAGCAGUUGUUUUUGCCUCAAACCUGCACCUCCAAAUUGGAUUUGUAUACCUGUCCAGGUCUUUAUUAUUUUUUUCUUUUCUUUUUACAGCUGCACCUGAAGCAUAUGGAAGUUUCCCCACCAGGAGUCAAAUC